UCGAAAGAAAAUCGUGAGAAAUUCUAUUGUGCGGGAGUCGGAUACCAUACAACUUGUCUGUUGAUCUCUUUCCUCUCCAAAACCCCGCGAAAAUCCGUUCAUUAGGAUUCACAAUUAUGUCACCGAGCUCGAGCCUGCCUACAGAAACACCGGCGGGGGAUCGCUUCGCGCCAACGGUGGCGAUGAUCUCCAGCAAUCCAGGUGACUCCUCUUCUUCCUCUUCAAUCCUCAACAUCCCCGACGUGAGUACUCAGGCCUACCCUUUCUCGUCUGGAAACCCUAGGAUCGAAGAGACGCGCGGUAUCAUGCACCUCUUCGAGACCGACACAGCUUCUUUGAGUCUGCCUAUUGGAAGGAAACCUGCUGUCUGUGUACAUGGUGUGCCAAACCACAUGACCUAUGCGGAUUUCUGCCAGUUUUCUGGCUCGUUUAUUCACCAUAUAUUGGAGAUGCGAAUUGUGAGGAAUGAUGGUAUGGAAGAUCGGUAUAGUAUUUUGAUAAGAUUUGACAAUCAAGAUUCUGCAGAUAGUUUCUACCGCCAUUUUGAUGGAAAACAAUUUAAUUCUCUAGAGGUUGAAGUGUGCCAUGUGCUUUUCACAGUCGAUGUACAGUAUACUGGUUACAGUGGUUCCUUUGAACAUGCACAGCCUUCCCCUGCAAGCUUAAUUGAACAGCCCUCAUGUCCAGUCUGUCUUGAGAAAUUAGAUCAAGAAACGGGUGGAAUUCUCACUACAAUUUGCAAUCAUACUUUCCAUUGCUCUUGCAUUUCGAAUUGGACAGACUCUUCUUGUCCAGUUUGCCGAUAUUGCCAGCAACAGCCAGAAAAGUCUAUAUGCUCUGUGUGUCAAACUUCUGAGAAUCUAUGGAUUUGUGUUAUAUGUGGCUUUGUUGGUUGCGGAAGGUAUAAAGGAGGACAUGCCAUAAAGCAUUGGAAAGAAACGCAACAUUGCUAUUCCCUUGAAUUGGAAACACAACGUGUUUGGGAUUAUGCUGGUGACAAUUAUGUUCAUCGACUCAUUCAAUCCAAAACUGAUGGAAAGUUGGUUGAAUUAAAUUCCCAUUGCGUGCAUUCUAAUGACAGCUAUGGAAGUCAAGACCUUGCAGAUCCUGGCAUUAGUGAGGUUAUCGUGAAUAGCAAAGUUGAAGCGAUUGUUAAUGAGUACAACGAUCUUCUUGCAUCCCAACUUGAGAACCAAAAAAUAUAUUUUGAGAAUUUGCUUCAAGGAGUUGAAGAGGAAACUGAAAGGGAGAUUUCUGUGGCUAUUAAAAAGGCUAUGGCUCAAAAACUGCAGAAGAUGCAGGCUAAGCUGGAUAGAUGUUCCAAAGAGAAGGAAAUUCUUAAUGAUCUCAAUGAGAAUCUUAUGAAAAAUCAGGAGAUAUGGAAAGCAAAGAUAUUGGAAAUUGAGGAGAGGGAGAAAAGGACUUUGAAAAUGAAGGAUGAAAAAAUUGCGUUGCUGGAAGAGCAGCUUAGAGACUUGAUGCUGCAUCUUGAGGCUGGGAAGACAAUGGAGCAAAUGUCAAUAUCUGAUGAAAUAAAGGAUGGUACCACCGUGUUGCCAAUUUCAAAGGAGUCCUCGUCAGUUACUGGCGACAAAGGGAGCAAAAAAGUUAGUAGCCGGAGAAGAAACUAGCUACGGGGAAGUGGGUUCGUCUCUCAUGUAUUUACUUUUGGGAACUAGUGGGAGCUUUUUUGGGAGGAGAACUUGAGAAUGCUAGUCUAAAUUUUAGAUUGUGACAGCCUUUCAAUUCAUGAUAAUCCCGAUUAUCUUUUUGAAUUUGUAUAGCAGACAGACACUGACAGGGAAGUUGAAUUUUCUUUCGAGCAUUUGGAACAUGUAAGGAGUUUUGCACAUAGAAACACAUUGCUUGAGGCACUACCCUUUGAGUUUCGACUGGUUUUA